UCAGACACUGACGCAUCGUUUGUUGUAUAGUUUUUUUUUCCUCCGUUUUUGUGCAGGACUGAGGACGCCUGUCGCAGAUAAUUGUUUUUACCGCAUUCAACAGUGUUUUCAAAGCAUGGGGCACGGAGAGUCACGGCAGUGGGAGCGGAGGAGAGAUGAAAGUAUCGUCCCCCGUGGAUGGGAGUAAUUGCGGCUAUUGAACGGAGACAUUAUGAUGUUAUAUCUCAACGCUGUUUUCCCCGCCGCCAGUUUGGACACUUGUCACGGAGAAGCUGCAUUCCCUCAGUUUAGUCGACGGAUUCCUGCCAUCGCGUCUCAGCAGAGAGUGUCAGAUCUUUCCUGGAGCACCGCGCUAGAAUGAACACACUGUCUGCUUUGGUCUUUUUUGUCGUUCCCGAAUCGCCAGGGAGGGAACCGGCACGGAGCAACCGAUCCAAAUCACCGGCGGAGGAGAGAGGGGAUACGGCUUGUGCGCAGCGGCGCAUUCGACACUGACUUUUCGGCGCAGGGGUGUGAAUUCAGCACCAGAGAAACGGAGAGCUCUUUAUUGUCGCGCUCUAUCUUUGCCAAGGUCAGUCAGAUUAACUGUACAAAAGAUGUCUCAGACUCUACAGAUGCCUGUUUUUGAUCGUUAUCACGGAAUUCGGAGAUUUCUGUCGAUGCAUUGAGACGUGCGCAUUUUCCAAAGCGCGGAGUCUGGACACAGACGCAGCAUGGAUGUAUGAGGAAGGACUUGAAAGCCUUAAUUUUUUUUUGACACAACUUCCCUCUUUCUUUCUUUUUUUUCUUUUUUUUCCCCUCCUCUACCAAUGAUGACCAAAUUCACUGCUCAUAUGUCUUAAAACCGGGAAUGGUUUGUUAAAAGAAAAUGCUGCUUUGGAUAGUCCUGCUGAAUGCGGCUCUUUGUGUUGCCAGUGGGAAUGUGACAAGGGACGUUUGUAAGGAGCAGAUAUGCUCUUGCAACGAGAUCGAAGGCGACCUGCACAUAGACUGUGAAAAAAGGAGCUUCACGACGCUGCAGCAAUUGACUGGUCCAAGUUCACAGUUUUACCACUUACUCCUGCAUGGAAAUUCUCUGUCCAGACUAUUCCCGAAUGAAUUUGCAAACUUUUACAAUGCGGUGAGCCUGCAUUUGGAGAACAAUGGUUUGCACGACAUCGUCCCGGGCGCCUUCCUCGGACUCCAGCUGGUCAAGCGGCUUCACAUCAACAACAAUAAGAUCAGAUCGUUCAGAAAAAGCACCUUUCUGGGCUUAGAUGACUUGGAGUACCUCCAAGCUGAUUUUAAUCUGCUGAGGGAUGUAGACCCUGCUGUUUUCAGGGAUCUAAAUAAACUCGAGGUGUUGAUACUCAAUGAUAACCUCAUCACUGCAAUUCCCAUCAACGUGUUCCAACAUGUGCCAAUAACACAUCUUGACUUGAGGGGGAACAGAAUCAAGACGUUGCCUUACGAGGGGGUGCUUGAGCAGAUACCAGGCAUUGCAGAGGUUUUAUUGGAGGACAACCCGUGGGACUGCAACUGUGACCUGGUUUCGUUGAAGGAAUGGUUGGAGAACAUUCCCCAGAAUGCACUUAUUGGCAGGGUUAUUUGUGAGGCUCCUACCAGGCUCCAGGGGAAUGACUUGAAUGAGACGUCAGAGGCUGAUCUGUGUCCUUCGCAAAGUGGUGGCGUUGACAUCAGCCUGGUUGCCCCUCCCACACAGGAUGAGACCUCGGAGCCGGCAGCGAACCCUCAUCCCACGCCUUUCAAGACCAAUGGAGAUGCCCCAACCCCUGGCAGCCACGGAUCAAAGAGCCGCUCUAAAUCUCGUGAGAACUGGCAGCUGAAAACAAAACCCACAACUGUGGUGGUCGGCGCGAGCGGGGAUCGAGUAAAUCUACAAAACAUGACAUGUCCACAGCCAUGCAGCUGUAAAUUGGUUGGGUCCAGGCAGGGACUCGGGGUCAACUGUGAGGGUAAGAAGCUCGAAAGCCUCUCCAGCCUAAAGCCAAGACCUUUGGCCGCUCACGAAUUGAACAUGAGAAACAACAACAUCCACGCUAUAAAGAAGAACCAGCUGGUAGGUUACGCCAGCCUGAACCUGCUGGAUCUUGGAGGGAACAACAUAAAGAUGAUUGACAACAGCACGUUCCAGAACCAAAGUGAACUCAGGUGGCUCUACAUGGAUAAGAACUACCUGGAUACACUGAUAGCGGAGAUGUUUGUGGGACUCGUCAAUGUGGAAUAUCUCAGUUUGGAAUACAAUGACAUUCAGCUCAUCGUAGCUGGCGCGUUCAGUCCCAUGCCCAACCUGAGGGUGUUGUUCCUGAACAACAACCUUCUGAAAGCUUUGCCUGUAGACGCUUUCCUUGGGAUUUCUUUAUCCAAGAUUAGUCUUCAUAACAAUUACUUUCCCUAUCUCCCCGUGGCUGGUGUGUUGGACCAGCUCAAUUCAAUCAUACAGAUCGAUUUACACGGGAACCCGUGGGAUUGUUCAUGCAACAUUGUCCCCUUCAAGCAGUGGACGGAGAAGCUCGGGGCCGACGUAAUCGUGAGUGACCUCAAUUGUGAGUCACCGGAAGAGUUCUGGAAACAAGACUUCCGCUAUGUUCGGAAUGAUCUAAUGUGCCCAAAACUCUAUGACCGAAUGUCCCCUACAUCCCACUCCAAAAACAACACUUUCACGCUCGAUCCUGGGACGCGCUCAAACUCCUACCUGGAGCCAAACAGGGUCUCCAUCUCAGUGCUUGUUCCCGGUUUGCUGCUGGUGUUUGUCACGUCUGCUUUCACUGUGGUGGGGAUGCUUGUGUUCAUCCUGCGUAAUCGCAAACGCUCAAAGCGAAGGGACGGAAACUCAUCUGCCUCAGAGAUCAAUUCCUUACAAACAGUUUGCGACUCUUCAUACUGGCACAGUGGGCCUUAUCAUGCUGACGGGGGCGCACAUCGGGUCUUUGACUGCACCACACACCUCUCCGCCACAAACGAUGCAUAAAGGAAAACACUAAUCCCGCACCAGGCUGGAAUACAGACACCUACAGACAUAAAUAACCGCUGGAUAAAGUGACAUAUUUUUGAACCUGCUCUGUAAUAUAUGUAAAUGACAAACCCCUCUCGGCUAAAUACCUUCCCUCCCUCCGUCCUUUCUGUCUUGCUAUUUGCCGCAAUCGGACUACGGAUCUGUUUGAGACAGCAAGGGGGAGGAAGAAGGGAGACGUGUGUGUGCGAGUGCGUGUGUGUGUGUGCAAGAGACAGAGAGAGAGAGAGAGAGAGCUGCAGACUGAGCCGGAUCCAGGACCCGGGAAAUGGUGCACGAACGCAUGAAUGUAAAUGUAAAUACUGGGACCGAUGUAUCAUAAUCUGCAUGAAGAUAUUUCGCAUGGUUUCAACACACACACAAGACGGCGAGGAACCAUAACCACCAUAACCAACAACCCUUUUCAUGUUAAACCUAUAUAUAGAUAUUAAUAAUUAUAUAUGACUAUUACAAAAGUGCCAUUUCUCUAUUUUUUGUGAACCUGCGGUUAGGAUUUGUAUUUGUUGUUUUAAAGAGAUAAGGAAAAAAAAAAUCUUGAUUGAUGGACAUGAAGCUGUCAGUGCAUGUUCUUUUUUCAUUUGUUAUCAUUUGAUUGUCGAUAAAUAUUGGGGUUAUUUAUACUAGAUGGUGCAGAUGAAACCCACUGUCUGCGCGCUUUUCAUCUACUUUCUGAAUGUAAAACUGUGUUACUUUAUGGUGUGCCAAUUGUUGACUUUCAGAUAUCCAGAAACGCAGAUGAGCAUGACCAACUACUGUCACUCAGAUGCUGCGACGUCAAUGUAGCUAAAAUAACAGUUCUGUGGUUUUUAUUUCUGUGUGUGUCGAUGAAAUAUAGCUUGCUUUCAGCGUGAGAGGGUGUGAGAAAAGAUUCUAAAAUGGGGGGUUUAUACCAUCAUAUUUUUUCAACAACAGCUAUAUUUCAAUCUAUGUAAACCGUGCAAGUAGACUGGUUGUAAAGUAGAAUGCUUUUUUUUAUGUGAGAAAAAAAAACAUUCUUUUCAGACAAAAAAGCUAAUGGCUACUGCUCAGUCUCAUCCUGUUGUGAGCUUUUGUAUAGCCAUCUGAAUUGGUCCAAAUUAAAGAAAAGACAUGGUAUUUGUUAAAACAAAUAAAUAAUAACUAGGUUGCUUUGGGCAAGAAUUGUUUCAAUUGAUCAAAGGAAACAUGUCACAAGCUAGUGCUACAUUAACAGUGUAACUGUUUGAUGUCCUAUUCAUGACACUACUUUGCUAUUUGUGAAAAUGGCUACUUAAAUCUUUGUCUCAAAAUUAAAAAGCAUCAUUGUAGCGCCGCCAGUGUGUCAACAAUGUCAUUAACUUUACAUUAAAGCGGAUGUUAAGUGUUUAGAAAUGUGGUCAUUUCCCCCUGUUAAAGAGCCACAACACAAGAAAAAGAUUGUACCAUGGCUGCAGACUAAGAAUGACAAGGGCAUGAGUUGCUGGGCCUGCUUUAGCCUCAUUGCUUAAACAUUAUCAGGGUUUGGUACAAAAGCUGAUUCAGGAUUGGGGUGUACUUCCAUUAGCUUUCUCUCCCUACACAUGGUCAGCAGCUUCUAAUAGAAUACAGGCUGUGUAGGGUAGUGAGAAGCAAACAUUCGUGUUGAUAUUAGGUUGGAAACAGAUUGGAAUAAAAGCAGUCAUGACACAGGCUGUAUUUCAAUUCCUUCUUUUGCUUUAAUAUUUCAAGGGAGUCAGAUGAGGAAGAGCCAUAUCCCCAGCACAGUUCCUUAAGUAAGUGAAAACUUUCAAAAAUAUAUUUUCAAUCUUCGGGUUCUGUGGUAGAUGUGGUCUAUUCUGUUCAGGUGAUUUAAAAGAUUUCCUUUGCGUGGUUGUCUGAUACGACUCGCUUUUCAAAAUGUUGUGAUUCUGUGGUGAAAAAUUUGACCGAAAUCAGACUCUAAGGUUUUACUUCGGCUCUGCAGAGCAACGCUGUCCAUGGUGCUGAAUCACCUCCUCUCUUUUGUUUUUUUUUGCCUUUCCACACUAGCUGCCCUGCACAUGCACUAGACCUAAGACAAAAAGAGACGCGAGAGCAGUAGCGUGACCAUCUGCAUUCAAGCGCACACACUCCCCCCGCAGAUGAAACCAUGUGACCUUGGGGAAGAACAUCGCACUAGAUCUGUGACAAACAGUCAUCAUCGCUGAUGAUCUAUUGUUUUAUUUUUGUUGGGUUCAGUCACCUUGCUGUCCUCUGUUCUGUUGUUCUGGUUUCUCUCUAGGGGAAGGGAGAAUGGGGGCAGGGUGGGAGUCGGGGGUUCUGUGGAGUGUUGUUGUGCCACAGCCCACUGAUGAUUUGUCUUGGUUUUCAAACACGUGUUUCAGAAUUGACAUUUAUAUGCUUUGCAAUAUUUGACCUGCUUCUAUUUUGUUUAAUAAAGUGUGGUUGAAAUUGAGUGAAAACAGGAUCUGGUUGUACAAAUGUGAUUUCACAUCAGGUGUUUUGGUUCGACUGUGCAAAUAAUAUAAUACUACUACUACUACUACUACUAAUAAUAAUACCGCUUGAUAAUGUUUUACCACAGAGAGCUGCAAGGGAGAAAAGGUGCUCAGUCAGUGUACCUUUUAACAAAAAAAAACAGAAAAACUAGAUGGCAGUGAUUUAUUUUUUUCAUUUAUUUAAAUGUGGGGUUCAAUGAACAUAACAAUGGAUUGUAGAAAUGCAAUUUCAUUCGCAAAGUAUUCGCAAAACCUAUUUUUCGCCCUUGAAAGGAGGCACAAAAUUCUAUAACAAAUAGAGAGCUUCAUGUAUUUUUUAUUCUAUCUUUCUAUUUUUUUUGUGUUGUGUAUGUCCUUGCUGAAAGUACUUUCCAACUGUCAUUUCCCAAGAUGUGGCUGAUCAAGGUGCCGCUGCAUUUCAUUCUGGAAGCUGGAAUAGCUAGCCAUUGCUUACCACAGGAGGUUGCCAACACGUAAAGGGUAUUUUUUUUAGUAUACAUAUGUGGCUGUUUAAAGUAUAUAUUGCACUCCAAAUAAAAUA